CACUGAGCAGCAUACCUGAGAGAGUGAGAGUGAGAGCACAGCGAAGACAAUGGUGCGUGCGAUCUCGCAAGAAGCAUUCGAUGAAUUGGUGAAGGAGAACAUGGACGAUCUCGGAAUGGAAUCCGCAGAGGCCAUCGAAGACGCCAUCCAAACCCUCACUCUCCAAGGCGUCGAUCUCUCAGGUAUUGUGAGAUGCGUUCCAGGAGAGAGCAACCCGGUCUUAGAGUGCUUGAACAGGUUGAAAAAGCUGAACUCUGAAACGGAGGUUCUGGAUGAGACUACGGUGGUGGAAGUGUUUGAUAGUCUCACCGACUUGUGUGCUGGAAACGCGAAUGAGAAUGCAGCUAUUGCCACUAAGAAUGGCGGUGUCCAAUUGGCUUGUUCUCUUUGUUCCAAAAUAACCCGCAGCACUGAAUCUCACCUUCCCCUUGUUUCCUGUUUAAAUGCUACGGCGUCGUUGCUUCAUGAUGUACAAAGUACAGGAACAUUUCAGACCAGUAAUGGACCAAGGACUAUAAUUGGUUUGCUAAAUGAUAACAAGCAAAACAUUGACAUCUUAAGUAGUGGCUUUCGUGUUGUGGCUUCGGCUGCAACUGGUGAUGAGAUUCUCAAGGAGGCAUUCAUGGAGUUAAAAGUGGAUGAGUUAACUAUGGAGAUAAUGUCCAUACAUAAGGACAUGGGCAUUCAAAGUUUAUAUGAUGCUAUUCGUGUGAUUUUAACCCCUGACGACAAUCGAGUCGUAGCUUCUCAAGUGUAUGGUUAUGCACGAAAAUUUGCAAAGAUUGGAAUUGCUGAGGCCCUUGUUGAUUCUCUGCGUGCAGGACUUAGCUCACCUAACCUAGUUUCAGCAUGCAUCACUUUAAAGGCCAUUGCUGUAAAUGAUGAAAUAUGUAAAUCCAUUGCUGAAAAAGGUGGUAUUGAUGCAGUGCUCAGAUGUAUGGAUGACAGCGGUGAUCAAGGCAACAAAGCUGUGGCCAAAGUUUGUUGCUCAUUACUUUCAAAGUUAGCAGGAAGUGACACGAACAAAAGUGCAAUUGUUGGGAAAGGUGGUAUGGAUAAGCUAAUCAAACUUUCAGCCAGAUAUGCUGAUGACCCUUCCGUUUUGCAAGAGAUUAUGUCUAUUAUUUCUGUGCUUUCAUUAAGAUCCCCGGAAAAUGCAGCCCGUGCCAUUGAAGCUGGUGCUAGUGACCUUGCUAUUCAAGCCAUGGAGAAAUUUCCUGCAGCACACCAAAUGCAAAGAAACUCCUGUCUUAUGAUCAGAAAUCUAGUAGUGAGAAAUCCAGAGAACAGAACUAUCCUGCUUAAUAAUGGAAUUGAGAAAUACAUAAGGAAGGCAAAGCAAACACAUGGAAACUGUAAGGAUGCUGCUACAGAUGCGCUGAGGGAUUUGGGGCUUGAUAGUUACAACUCGUAGCUAAUAAUUUUUUACUUUUGUAUUGCUUUUCAAUGUAACACCAUCAUUAUUCUUUUUUGUUUCUGAAGAAAAUUCGAGUUUGAGUAUAUGACUAUGCAUAUUUUAAUCAUGUCUAUUCUCUACUAGAAAAUUGGAUGUGCGGAAUUCAUUGUACAAAACUGAGGUUAAACCUAAAAUUGUAUUUACUUAGCUAUCA